AUGUCUGGUCGGCCAUCGACCCGCGGUCACGUUCGCGGCGGAGGCGGCAGAGGCGAAAGAGACGGGCCAAGCCGUGGCCGAGGUCGUGGCCAAGGUCGCGGAAGAGGCACCUUUGCUCAGCAUCACCAGCCUCGCGACUCUGGCUACGCUGCAAGACGACAUCACGACGGGCCAGGAGUAGGCCUUGCAAGCCAGUCCCACGGCUCGCUGUGCUGCGACUACGUUGACGAGAAUCCACCGUCUUCUUCGGCCGACACAGCGGCGACGCCGUUCAAAUGCAACUUUCGCACGCACUCUCAUUUGGCCCUCGUGCUUCACAAGGCGGAUCGACAUCUGAUCUACCCGGAUGGCGGCGUCGAUGAGCUCAAGCGACUCGAUCCGAUGCUGAUCGCCGAACAGCGCGAACAGCAGCGUCGAAUGCGCCAGAAUCAGCGGCGUCAACCACAUCCUCUACCAAAUCGACCGCGUAGACCAUCUAUCGGGGAGAAUGAAGACGAGGAUGAUGGCGCAAGUGACGGAUCAGAAGAGGAUGACACCGACUCGGACGACAGCGAAGAUGAUGAUACCGAAGAUGACUCUUCCGACGCCGACUCACAGCCUGUCCAAGCACCGCAGAGCAAGGCACAAGACAGCGCUCGUGUUCUCGACGGACCCGCUGAUGCCACCAUCUCUGGGCUCAACAUUCAGCUCGACUCGCCCGAGCUCAUCGCCGAAUGGAUCAACCAGCGCAAGAAGCGGUGGCCAACACAAUCAGUGGUACAGGAGAAGCUCAAGGAUCGACAGGAAAGACAACAGAGAAGCGAGGCUAUCUACGGUCCUCGUCCCACUCCCUUCGGCAAACGUCCACGAGAAGACGCGGUGAGCUCCAGACCAGUCGCAAGCGAACAAGCUGCAACCAGCUCCGUUGAUGCUGACAAGAGGCAGAGGAUAGAUGUCAAAGCCGACACGGGCGCUGCACCCGCCGAGAAUGCCGAUCCGGCGGGGGAUGAUGACAGCGACUCGGACGACGACGCUCCAGAAGAGGUUUCAUCGAAAGUAGCCGUGCCUUCGCUCGAAGAAGAGGCGUCCGUAGCUUCACCGCAUACGCGCCCCGGCCAACCGGAAGACAGACGACCCAUCUGCACCCACUUCCUGCAGGGUCGCUGCAACUACGGGGAUCGCUGCAAGAAGCGACACGACACUGCACCAAAGGCAUCAGCCGUGAGCUCUUCACACUCUCAGCAGCACCAAGCAGCCAAGACGAUGCGUCGUCCUCAUCCUCGACCGCCACCGACCAACCCCUUCGAUCAGCCUGAUCUGCUCCGGCAGCUUCUCCGCAACGAGAUCGAGAAGCAUGUUGACGCUGUGGGACAGGCAAUCCGGUUCAUCGUGGACAACGAUAUGCUCCUGCACGUCGAAACCGAGGAAGUGCAGGCAGAGGAGCAACGCGAGAGGAGGGCGAAGAUCCAGAUCGUGUCUGCCGAUGUUGAGGAUGCCGCUCAGCCUAAGGACGAGUCAAACCAAGAGCAAACAGCGCCAUCGUCGACGAUGAUAGAAUCGCCAUCCAUCAACGAGCCCUUGAUAGCAGGCGCUUUAGCGGUGACCCAGUCGCAGUCGGAUGAUACGAACAGACCAGGUCGGUCUUCGCUUUAUCAACGUCCUUCUCCCACUCUUCGAGCACUUUCCGAGCUCACGUACCCACCCGAGCCCGAUCCGCUCAUCUACCUCGACCCUCUCCGUCGGGACGACCCAAAGCCUCUUCUCCCCUCCCAGCUCGUCCGCAUCGCCAAGGACCCCGUCAUCCGCUCUGUUCUCACCCCUUCAACGCCACUCCACCCCCACGGCCACAAACCCGCCUCGCUGGAACGUGCCGUCAUCUCCCUUGACGCGCUCCCUACCGACCUCUAUCGCAAUGCCGCGAUCGAGAUGAUCCUCGGCAUCGCCUCCAACGCGCCACAGCAACACAGCGGUGGCCUGGUGGUGACCUCGAAAGAUGGCAGGCGGAAAGUCAGCGAGACAGAUCUGUUCAGGAUGGGACUGAGGGUGGGCGGAGAUGAGGUGCUAGCGAUCAAGAAGCUCGCCGAUCGACUGAGUGUUUUGCUGGACUCGAGCUUGCAGCUGGACGAGGUGGGUGAGAGCGACUGGGCGCUCCUAACGGCCGAACAGCGGGAUGAGAUGCGGAAGUUGCAUUACGAAAGGGAGGCGGAUCGGUUGGACCGAUUGAGGAAGUUGGGGAUCGACGUGUGA